CAGCUGAUAGAAAGUCGGCGCAUACUGGUGUAACCCACAGUUGACAACCGACGCUGUUGCUCGCUGGUGUCGACGCAAAUGUUACCGGCAUCCCGCGGAAUAUAGUUGCGUCUUCGUGUACUAACAUUAAAAGAGAAUAAUAAAAAAAAAAACAAAACAAAAAAGAACUCUAAAAAACCAUUGCAAAAAUGAGUGUCAGUGUCAGGAUUGUGGCCUCGUUUCUUCUGAUUUCUGCAAUAACAGCUGUUCCUGUUAAGGAGAAAAGCGAAAAGAUCGAUGAAUUCACUGGAGAUCUUGAAGCAGAAUCAUCAGAAAUCAUUUCAGAAGCUGUGGCUCCACCAGCGAGCUUAAGUCACUUUAGUCCACGAAAUAGGGCGCCAGCGGUCGGCCAUGGAGACCAUUCUAUUGAAAUUGUUAGCGAUUCACAAACAUUUUUCCCAACGUUUGCUAACUUUUUUGAACCAAAGCCACAACAAAAUAACUUCAGAUUCGGUUUCGGUAAUCAAGAGGCUGCGUUUAGCCAGCGACCGAAUUCCUACAGAUCUCUACUGAACUCACCUCUGUUUGGAGGCUAUAGAGCUAUUGACAAUUUUUCUAAACAAAACACACCAGCGUCUGAACCUCUUGUAGAUGCUAGUUCAAGUGUACUUGGCUCUGGAAACUUUGGAAUCAUCAGAGGAGGAACAUUUUUCACCCAAAAUGACGAAGGAUCAGACUUUGGUGACGGUCUAUCCUACUAUAAUAAUGGCCAUGGCAGACCAUCUUUAAACUUGGGAUAUAUUGCAAAUCCACGGCCAAACUAUAAUCACGAUCAAUUCGCAAACUUCAAAGACUUCGCUGAUAUCAACACUCCCUCGAAUUCAGAUUAUUCUCACUACGUGGUAGUGUACGCGAACAAAAAUGCAACGCUCGAUGAAAUAAGUGAAGAGACAAAACAAGUAGUAUACAGACCUAAAAAUAUAUUCGAAACUCUAGAACAGAUUGACACGACUGUUGCCCCUAAAGUGUCGAAGUCAAAAGCAAAAUUAGCAGUGACUAAACAAAAGAUGCAAAACAAGAAAGAGAAAUGGAAUAAAUCGUCGAAACUGUCAAGUGUAAAACAUGAUCCAGAGGAACCGCUAUUAGCGUUAAGUUAAAAACGUAGUUACAAUACAAAAGACUUGUUAUUGCCUAAGUGUUAUAAGUAACCUAGUUAUACAUAGACAUAAAUAGUUUGCAGCACUUAUCACUCCCAAAACGUGGUAAAAGCUCACUAUCUAAAUUAAUGUAAAUGUACAGUCCCGAGAGUGCUUGUUGUAAAGUUAAUUUUAAGGAGUGAUUGAUAAUCUGGAAA